CCUCCCUUCUCCUGGACGAGGACGGACAACAGUGCAACGAACAAGUACUCUGCUUUUGGAUCAAGAAGUACAGAGAAGGAACCAUAGAUGGCUACGUUCGCUUCUGCAGCUGUGCCCUUUCCAGGUCGUGUCGCCGGAGCCCGGCGGUGCGUGCUGGCGCGGGCUUCUGCGGCUAGGAGGACGCACUACGAGGUGCUCGGGGUGGGCGUGGGGGCCAGCAGGGGCGAGAUCAAGGCGGCGUACCGGCGCCUGGCGAGGGACGUGCACCCGGACGCCGCAGGCGCAGGCGGCGACGAGGGGUUCAUCCGGCUGCACGCGGCGUACGCCACGCUGGCCGACCCCGACGAGCGCGCGCGCUACGACCAGGAUGUGGCCAGCCGCGCCGCGGUGAUCACGACGCGGCGGGCGGCGGGGCCAGCGUUCCGACGCAGGACGUGGGAGACGGACUAGUGCUGGUAGGACGGCCGGACACACGCAUGCUCUGCUUUCCCGUUCGCCAGGCCGCCGGCCGUUUGGUUCAGACACGGCACCAUGUUGUGCUCGUGGUCGCCGGAGGAAAAACCGCGUCAGCUGCUGCGCGCCGUUCGAUCCGUCUUGGACGGCCCAGAUCAGGUGAUGCGUGUAAACUGCGGCACGGCGGGAGACGUUUUUAUAGAAGAUCUCAUGUGCGUUCGAUCAUUAGCAAGAUGCAAAAUAUGUACUACUAGAUCGAUUAGUCUACUGUAAAUUAACGGCUUAAAGCCCAAGGGACAUGUAUAGUUCCUACGAAUCACCAUAGAUCAACAUACUGAUCUUUCCGUGCGCA